AUGGAAUCAAAAAAGGGAACAAUUAAAAAGAAAAAUUUUGGCCCUUUAAGAACAAGAAGUGGAAAACUUUAUCUUCAGAGACUGAGAGGGAACUUGAGAAAGAGACCAGGCCCCUCAUUGGCUAUCCACCCCACUACCCUCACAGAUCUGAUCGACCGAGCCUUCAGCAGAUUCCGUCACAGAGAGGUGGUCCAUCUGUCCAGGUUGAGGAAUGGGCUGAACGUGUUGGAGCUGUGGCAUGGUGUCACAUAUGCAUUUAAGGACCUGUCCCUGUCCUGCACAGCACAGUUCCUGCAGUACUUCCUGGAGAAGAGGGAGAAGCACGUCACUGUGGUUGUAGGAACGUCUGGGGACACAGGAAGUGCUGCCAUUGAGAGUGUUCAAGGGACAAAGAACGUGGACAUUAUCGUUCUGCUGCCCAAAGGUCACUGCACAAAGAUUCAGGAGCUCCAGAUGACAACGGUGCUGAAGGAGAACGUACAUGUGUUUGGAGUGGAGGGAAACAGCGAUGAGCUCGAUGAGCCGAUCAAGACUGUGUUUGCCGACGUGGCUUUUGUCAAGAAGCACAAUCUGAUGAGCCUGAAUUCGAUCAACUGGUCCCGGGUCCUGGUGCAGAUGGCCCACCACUUCUUUGCUUACUUCCAGUGUACGCCAUCCUUGGACACGCAUCCCCUACCCCUGGUGGAGGUGGUUGUGCCAACAGGGGCUGCCGGUAACCUUGCAGCUGGGUACAUUGCUCAGAAGAUAGGCCUGCCCAUCCGUCUGGUCGUGGCAGUGAACCGCAAUGACAUCAUCCACAGGACUGUCCAGCAGGGAGACUUCUCUCUGUCUGAGGCUGUUAAAUCAACCUUGGCAUCAGCUAUGGACAUUCAGGUGCCCUACAACAUGGAGAGGGUAUUCUGGCUACUCUCUGGCUGUGACAGCCAGGUGACAAGAGCCCUCAUGGAGCAGUUUGAAAGGACCCAAAGUGUGAAUCUGCCCAAGGAACUGCACAGCAAGCUUUCAGAGGUGGUGACAUCCGAGUCAGUGUCUGAUGAAGCCAUCACCCAGACCAUGGGCCGCUGCUGGGAUGAGAACCAGUACUUGCUGUGCCCCCACUCGGCGGUGGCCGUGAACUACCAUUACCAGCAGAUGGACAGGCAGCAGCCCAGCAGCACUCCCCGGUGCUGCCUUGCCCCUGCCUCUGCAGCCAAGUUCCCGGAAGCUGUCCUGGCUGCUGGCCUGACCCCUGAGACUCCUGCAGAGAUCGUAGCCCUGGAGCACAAGGAGACACGCUGCACCCCGAUGCGGAGAGGUGACAACUGGACCCUGAUGCUUCAGGACACCAUUGAGGACCUUAGCCGACGGUGGAGGGGUCAUGCCCUCAACGCCUCCCAGUAGCCUGGCUGGAGGUGGCUUGCUUUAGGCUUCAGAUCCCAGGGAGGUGCACCCUCUGAGCUGCCUUGCGACCCUCCCCAUUAAGCAUAGGUUAGGAGGUUCCCAGGAGGCUGCUCAGCUGGGUCUGGAGCCAGCUGGCUUUGCUCCGUUCCCUGGCUACUCUGUGCCUGGUCACCAGGGAGGCUGAGUGAGGGGCUGUGAACAGUUGCCAGAAGCCCCCCCUCCCUCCCUGGCCCACGCGGCAGUGUCUGAGCUGUAGUGAAAGUUUCAGGGCCUGCAGAAGAAGAGCCUUGGGCACAGGAUUGACCAUGGCUCCAGGGGUUUAGGACCCCAGACCUGUGAAGGUGGGGGCAGCUCACCACCUUCAUGCAGCCUUUAUAUGUUCUCUGAGCCUUAGCUGAUUUGGCCCCCAAAACACAUCCAAAGGUUCUAGCCCGCCUUGUCAGAGACUUCCACCCUGUUCACAUGUUGGCAAUUCCUGGAAUAAAAUGCUUGUUCUGUGUGA